CUGACUUUUUAAAACACACCCUACGUCUCUCUCUUCUCUUCCUCUUUAUUCUUCUCAGACUAUUUCUAUUACCUUCUCUCUUUCUCUUCUUCUGAUCAGCUCCUUCUCUCUUUCUCUCACUCUUCCUGGCGUCCAGUGACUGCAUCUACCUCUUGCAAGAUACUACAGGAAAAGAAAUAUGGUUCGAAAGAAAGAUCGAUUUUGGGAUCAUGUUGAAGAACAGAAUAAUCGUCGUUUCAAAUGUAAGUUUUGUGGAAGUAUUUUUACUGGGGGUGCUACGAGGAUUAAAUAUCACUUGGCUGGAGUUAAAGGUCACGAUAUUAAUAUUUGUACAAAAGUGACUAAAGAGGUCCAAGAGGAAGCUUCUCUAACAAUUGGUGAACCUACCAAAAAACUUAAGGGUGCAUCAACUUCAAACAAGGAUAAGGAGAGGGAAAUCAGCUCAACUUCAAUAUCAAAGGAUGACAUGUUAAGCAAAGUGUUUGAAAAGAGUAAGGCAGAAUACAUAGAUGAAAUUUUACUUGGUGUUUUUGUGGAGGGACUUCUAGCCAAGUUGAGAUCAAUUGUUAUAGAGCAACAUAUUAGUUUUGAGUUGGGUUUCAAGGAAGGGCUAACAGACCUCUUUAGCUUCUUAACCCAAAUUCAACUUGUGUUAACUGAUGUGGAGAAAAGACAAGCAAGUGAUGAGUUUCUGAGGAUUUGGUUAGCAAAGCUUAGAUAUGUUGCUUAUGACAUUGAUGAUGUUCUAGACGAGUUUGGCUAUAACAUUCUUCAGCAAAAGGUAAUAAACUACUCUUCACCCUCUAAUGACAUUAUCAAUAUGGCAAACAAAAUUAAGAUCAUCAACGACUCAUUAAAUAGACUUAAAGGUGACAUUGCUAGUUAUGAACUUCGAGCAGAGUUUGUGAAUUCGAUCCCUGAGAUUAGCUUUAACAUGGAGAUAGACUCCUUCCUUGAUGAUUCAAAAGUUAGUCAAAAUGUUGGAAAUAACAUUGGUCAAAAUGUUGGAAAUAACAUUGUUGAAGCAACCUAUUGUGAUAGAGUGAUAGAAAUCAUGGAGACUUUUACUCAAUAUGAAUUAACAGAAUAUGAUUGUUGGUUCAUAUUCAAGAAAAGAGCAUCUGCAAAUGAAAGACUUUUAACUCUAGAUUUGGAGAAAAUUGGAAAGGAGAUUGUUAAGAAAUGUAAAAGGGUUCCAUGGGCUGCAGAAUUUUUAGGGAGAAUAAUGUAUUUUAUACAUGAUAAAGGUGAAUGGCUAUCGAUUCAAAAUAAUAAAAAUUGGGAUUUACUGGAUGAUAGAAAUAAUGGAGUGUUUCACAUAUUAAAGUUAGGCUAUGAUCAUCUUCGAAUACCAUCUUUGAAACGAUGUUUCGCAUACUGUGCAAUUUUUCCUAAAGAUUGUAACAUGAAAAAGGACGAAGUAAUUCAGCAUUGGAUGGCUGAAGGGUUCCUUGAACCAUCUAAAGAAGGUACUAUGGCGAUGGAAGAUAUUGGUAACACGUAUUUCAAUAUUUUGUUGGCUACUUUAUUUUUCCAAAAUGCUAGAAAGGAUGUCUGUGGUGACAUUAUUAGUUGCAAAAUGAAUAAUUUGGUGCAUGAUUUUGCCAUUUCAAUAUCAAAAUCUGAAAUUUUAAUUUUGGAGGGAGAUUUUGUGGAUAAUGUUCGUAAAGUACAACAUUUAUUUGUCCGAUCUGAUUGCAAAACAACACCAAGAACUUCAUUGUGUGGAGACAGUUUCAUAAAAGUGCGCACAUUAAUUUCAGAAAAUCUAGACUUUGAUGACAUGUUAUCAAAUUUUAAAUGCUUACGAGUUUUAAAAUUAUCCGGGCAUAAUAUAAUAAGGUUGCCAAAUUCAAUUGAGCAGUUGAUACAUUUGAGGCUUCUUCACAUCUUGCACACUAAAAUUGAGGAAUUACCAAAAUCCAUUACCAAACUCUACAAUUUGCAAACUUUAAGAAUCGAAGAAUGCCCUAAACUCAUGGGUCUUCCGGAAGACCUAAGCAAUUUGAUUAACUUGAGACAUAUUAAUAUUUAUGUUGGUUGUUGGACAAGGAUACAUUACAGAGAUUGUUUACUCAAAAAUAUGGGACGGUUGACUUGCCUUCAAACAUUGAAUAUUUUUAUUGUGGGUCGAGAAGAAGGUUAUUGGAUUAAAGAAAUGGGACCCUUAAAGAAUCUCAGAGGAGAAAUAAACAUAUACAAUUUAGAGGAGGUGAAAGAUGAGGAAGAAGCCAAAAGUGCAAAAUUAAAAGAAAAGGAAAUAUUAAAGUUGGGAUUAUUUUGGAAUCAGUUUUGUGGAGAAUUGGACAUGUAUGAUAUAGAUAAAGAUGAAAAGGUGUUGGAAGGCCUCCAUCCUCACCCAAAUUUGAAAAGCUUAACAAUCGAAUGGUAUAGAGGAAAGAAAUUCCCAUCUUGGGUUAAUGAUUUGUCGCAAUUUCACAAUCUGAUUUGUAUCAAAUGGAAUUUUUGUACGAAAUGUGAAGAAGUUCCCACUCUUGGGCAUUUACCCUGUCUUAGGGUUCUUGAAAUAGAAGGAAUGGGGAAGGUAAGAAGUAUAGGAAGUGAGUUUUACAGUUACAGUGAUGGGAGUUACAGAAAUACUACUAAAUUGUUUCCGGCAUUGAGAAUACUCAAAUUGGAGAAGAUGGAAACCCUAGAAGAGUGGAAGGAUGCAAAGGAGUUGACAAGCGCAGGUGAGGUGUUGUUGGUGUUUCCUUGCCUUGAGGAGUUGAUUAUUAUAGAGUGUAAUAAUCUGAGAGAUUUGCCAAACUCACUGCACACCCACGUUUCCCUUCGAAAAUUGGUAGUUAAGAGAUGUCCGAACUUGAGUUCUUUGCCAGGUGUCCCGUCAGUUAUUCAACACUUGGAGAUAAUAGGGUGUGGCAUUGAUGAACCACCCAGUGGGCUACAAUUCUGUACAUCUCUUCAAUAUUUGGAGAUUUGGGACUGUACGAAUCUGAAAUCAAUUCCAGAAUCACUGCAGACCUGCGUUUCCCUUCAGAAGUUCAUAAUGCGAGAUUGUCCUCACCUGAGGUAUUUGCCAGGUGUCCCGUCACUUAUUCAACACUUGGAGAUAAUAGGGUGUGGCAUUGAUGAACCACCCAGUGGGCUACAAUUCUGUACAUCUCUUCAAUAUUUGGAGAUUGGGGACUGUACGAAUCUGAAAUCAAUUCCAGAAUCACUGCAGACCUGUGUUUCCCUUCAGAAGUUCAUAAUGCGAGAUUGUCCUCACCUGAGGUAUUUGCCAGGUGUCCCGUCAGUUAUUCAACACUUGGAGAUAAGAGGGUGUGGCAUUGAUGAACCACCCAGUGGGCUACAAUUUUGUACAUCUCUUCAAUAUUUGGAGAUUGGGGACUGUACGAAUUUGAAAUCAAUUCCAGAAUCACUGCAGGCCUGCGUUUCCCUUCAGAAGUUCAUAAUGCGAGAUUGUCCUCACCUGAGGUAUUUGCCAGGUGUCCCGUCAGUUAUUCAACACUUGGAGAUAAGAGGGUGUGGCAUUGAUGAACCACCCAGUGGGCUACAAUUCUGUACAUCUCUUCAAUAUUUGGAGAUCAGGGGCUGUACGAAUCUGAAAUCAAUUCCAGAAUCACUGCAGACCUGCGUUUCCCUUCAGAAGUUCAUAAUGCGAGAUUGUCCUCACCUGAGGUAUUUGCCAGGUGUCCCGUCAGUUAUUCAACACUUGGAGAUAAGAGGGUGUGGCAUUGAUGAACCACCCAGUGGGCUACAAUUCUGUACAUCUCUUCAAUAUUUGGAGAUUGGGGACUGUACGAAUCUGAAAUCAAUUCCAGAAUCACUGCAGACCUGCGUUUCCCUUCAGAAGUUCAUAAUGCGAGAUUGUCCUCUCCUGAGGUAUUUGCCAGGUGUCCCGUCAGUUAUUCAACACUUGGAGAUAAGAGGGUGUGGCAUUGAUGAACCACCCAGUGGGCUACAAUUCUGUACAUCUCUUCAAUAUUUGGAGAUCAGGGGCUGUACGAAUCUGAAAUCAAUUCCAGAAUCACUGCAGACCUGCGUUUCCCUUCAGAAGUUCAUAAUGCGAGAUUGUCCUCUCCUGAGGUAUUUGCCAGGUGUCCCGUCAGUUAUUCAACACUUGGAGAUAAGAGGGUGUGGCAUUGAUGAACCACCCAGUGGGCUACAAUUCUGUACAUCUCUUCAAUAUUUGGAGAUUGGGGACUGUACGAAUCUGAAAUCAAUUCCAGAAUCACUGCAGACUUGCGUUUCCCUUCAGAAGUUCAUAAUGCGAGAUUGUCCUCACCUGAGGUAUUUGCCAGGUGUCCCGUCAGUUAUUCAACACUUGGAGAUAAUAGGGUGUGGCAUUGUUGAACUACCCAGUGGGCUACAAUUCUGUACAUCUCUUCAAUAUUUGGAGAUUGGGGACUGUACGAAUCUGAAAUCAAUUCCAGAAUCACUGUGGACCUGCGUUUCCCUUCAGAAGUUCAUAAUGCGAGAUUGUCCUCACUUGAGGUAUUUGCCAGAUGACACUCCAUUAGCAGCAGCUGCAGUGGUUGAAGUUGCAUGCUGCUUUUUCUAUGAUUUUCAUGUCCCUUUACUGGUUGAUUUACACCCGGGUAUCAGCUGUGAGGUUUCUCUGUUAAUUAUUCAGUGGGUGAUGCCGGAUACUAUUGUUUCUCUUCUUUUUGCUUGGAGGAAUUGGUUGGGAACUUACUCUUCAAAUGUUUGGAAUAUGGCAAAUGCAAUUGAGACAAUAGGCCUGUUGUUUGUAGCUGGCGGAACAAUUGAUUAUAAUUGCAAGCUGAUGAACAGAGGAGGAAUGUAUAUACUUAAUGUUGAGAGAGCAAUCUUCAAGGACAAGGAGGAAGCUGGGGUUGGGCUGAUAAUCAGAGUUGCACAGGGACUACUUAUAGCUGUGAUGAGUAAGAGAAGUUUGUGUAUGAAUCCAAUGAAAUCGAGGUGA